AACGUCGGGCCGGGUCAGCGGGCGCUGCAGUAGUCGCCGCAGCGGCGAUGGGAGCGGUAGGGACGAGGAGGCGGCGGCGGCAGGAGGAGGAGGAGGAGCAGGGGCUGGCACGAGAGCAGCGGCCCGGGACAAUCCGCAGCAAUACCCGCAGCCGCUGCCGCCGCCUUUAGACGCGGACGGCAUCCGAAGGGACCGCCGGCCGUCUAAGCCGCGCUCCGGUCCCGCCGCAGUGGGCGGCGGGGGAUGGGCAGGCGGUGGCGGGCCCGCCUGCUGAGCGGUGACUCCUGCCGGUGCGGACCCUGAGCUAGACCCUCGUCCUCCGUCAGAGAUCCUGCGUCCGCCGCGGCCCAGAAUUGUAAAACCGGUAAGAUCAAGUGCCUAUUGAAAGAGACUCACUCUUGGCUAAGAAGAGAAAUAGGAAAUAGGUUAAAUGGAAUCCACCCUUGGGAGCUAGAUGCCUGUGUAGCUGUUUUACCUCAUCAGGGUUUUGCAAUGAGUGGAGGAGGAGAGCAGCCAGAUAUCCUCAGUGUUGGAAUCCUGGUCAAAGAAAGAUGGAAAGUGUUAAGAAAGAUUGGAGGUGGGGGCUUUGGAGAAAUUUACGAUGCCUUGGACAUGCUCACCAGGGAGAAUGUGGCGCUGAAGGUGGAGUCAGCUCAGCAGCCAAAGCAGGUUCUGAAGAUGGAGGUUGCUGUGUUGAAGAAACUGCAAGGGAAAGACCAUGUUUGUAGAUUUAUUGGCUGUGGGAGAAAUGAUCGUUUCAACUACGUGGUCAUGCAAUUGCAGGGACGGAAUCUGGCAGAUCUCCGCCGUAGCCAAUCCCGGGGCACAUUCACUAUUAGCACUACCCUUCGUCUUGGGAAACAGAUUCUGGAGUCUAUUGAAAGCAUACAUUCUGUGGGAUUCCUUCACAGAGACAUCAAACCGUCAAACUUCGCCAUGGGACGUUUCCCCAGUACAUGUAGGAAAUGUUUCAUGCUUGAUUUUGGCUUGGCUCGACAAUUUACUAAUUCCUGUGGUGACGUCAGACCACCUCGUGCUGUGGCAGGCUUUCGAGGGACAGUUCGUUAUGCAUCAAUCAAUGCUCAUCGGAACAGGGAAAUGGGAAGACAUGAUGACCUUUGGUCUUUAUUCUACAUGUUGGUGGAGUUUGUGGUUGGCCAACUGCCUUGGAGAAAAAUAAAGGACAAGGAGCAAGUAGGCUCCAUUAAGGAGAGAUAUGACCACAGGCUCAUGUUAAAACACCUCCCUCCAGAAUUCAGCACCUUUCUUGACCAUAUUUCCUCUUUGGAUUAUUUUACAAAACCGGACUACCAGCUUCUAACAUCCGUGUUUGACAAUAGCAUCAAGACCUUUGGAGUAAUUGAGAGUGACCCGUUUGACUGGGAGAAGAGUGGAACUGAUGGCUCCCUGACAACCACCACCACCUCUGCCACCCCUCAGCUGCACACCCGCCUGACCCCUGCUGCUAUCGGAAUUGCAAAUGCCACCCCCAUCCCAGGAGACUUGCUUCGAGAAAAUACAGAUGAAGUGUUUCCAGAUGAACAGCUUAGUGAUGGGGAGAACGGAAUCCCUGUUGGUGUAUCACCAGAUAAAUUGCCUGGAUCUCUGGGGCACCCACGCCCUCAGGAAAAGGAUGUCUGGGAAGAGAUGGAUAUCAACAAGAACAAGAUAAAGCUGGGAAUUUGCAAAGCAGCUACUGAAGAAGAAAAUAGCCAUGGUCAAGUAAAUGGCAUACUCAAUGCUCCAAGCCUUGGUUCACCAAUUCGUGUCCGAUCAGAGAUUACUCAGCCAGACAGAGAUGUUCCGUUAGUAAGGAAGCUACGUUCUAUUCACAGCUUUGAGCUGGAAAAACGUUUGACACUUGAGCCAAAGCCAGAUACUGACAAGUUUCUGGAGACCUGCAUGGAGAAAAUGCAGAAAGAUUCCAGUGCAGGAAAAGAACCUGUCCCCCCUGCUCUGCCUCAUAAGCCGUGUGUCCCCGUCGUGACCCACACUGACCACAUCUGGCACUAUGAUGACGAAUAUCUUCCUGAUGCCUCCAAGCCUGCCUCUGCCAACACCCCGGAGCAGGCAGAUGGUGGUGGCAGCAACGGAUUUAUAGCUGUUAACUUAAGCUCUUGCAAACAGGAGGUUGAUUCCAAAGAAUGGGUGAUUGUGGACAAGGAGCAAGACCUUCAGGACUUUAGGACAAAUGAGGUGUUAGGCCAUAAGACAACUGGAAGCCCUUCAGAUGAGGAGCCUGAAGUGCUUCAGGUCCUUGAGGGAUCACCUCAAGAUGAAAAGAUCCAAGUAGGUCCUUGGACUGACAACCAUCACUUAAAGAAGGAAAGCUCAGGUGUGGUUUUAGCACUUUCUGCUGAAUGCCCUGCUACUGCUGCUUCAGAACUGUACACAGAUAGGCUAGACCUCCAGGCUGGAGCUGCAAGUCAGUUCAUCACAGUGACUCCCACAAGUCCCAUGGAGGCACAAGCAGAAGGACCCCUGACUGCGAUUACAAUUCCUAGACCUUCUGUGGCAUCAACACAGUCAACUUCAGGAAGCUUUCACUAUGGCCCACAACCAGAGAAGAAAGAUCUUCAGCCCUUGGAGCCCACUGUAGAACUGUACUCUCCAAGGGAGAACUUCUCCGGCUUGGUUGUGACAGAGGGUGAACUAGCUAGCGGAGGAAGCAGAGUGGAUUUGGGACUUCAGAUAGAUCACACUGGUCAUGACAUGUUACCCAACAUGAGAGAUGGUGACACAUCUCAAGACUUGGGACCAAAAGACCCUCCUGACCAUAAUAGAUUAGCUGUGAAAGAAUUUGAACAUCUCCCUGGAGAAACAGAAGAGAGAAGCCUUCUUCUGGGCUCAGAGAAUGAAGAUGAGAGGUUAAGUAAAGGGCAGCACUGUAUUGAAGUCUCUUCCCCAGGAGAGUUAGUGACUGCAGAGAGGGCUCAGUUAGCUGCCACAGAACCUCUGCAUGUAUCAGAGACACAGAACUGUAGUGUGCUACCAAAUCAGGACAAAACCCAUGAGAUAAUGAAGCUUUUGGCAGUUGGAACUUCAGAAAUUUCUCCUCAAGCCAUUGACCCACAUGCUGAAGGGCAGAUAGGCCAGAUGGCAGCAAUGCAGAAAAAUAAGCUAUUUAAAGAUGAUGGUAUUCAGAGUGAAAGCUUGCCAAGGCAGCAGGGAGACCUCUCUGCUUUUUUGCACCAAGAGGGUAAGAGAGAGAAAGUUGUCCCUAGAAAUGGAGAGCUCUAUCAUUGUGUCUCAGAGAAUGAGCAUGGUCCUCCUACUCGGAAGGACAUGCUCCGGUCAUCCUUUGUGACCAGGCACAGCCGGAUCCCUGUUUUAGCACAAGAAAUAGACUCAACUUUUGAAUCAUCCUCUGCUAUUUCUGCAAAAGAAAAGCUUCUACAGAAGAAAGCCUAUCAGCCAGAAAUAGUCAAACUUCUUGUAGAAAAAAGGCAGUUCAAGUCUUUCCUGGGAGACCUCUCAAGUGCCUCUGAUAAGCUGAUAGAGGAGAAACUAGCCGCUGUUCCAGUCCCUUUUUCUGAGGAGGAAGUCUUCGCUCCCUUUUCUAGACUGGCAGCAGAUUCCCACCUGAGUAGAUCAGUUGAAGAUAGCUUUCUGUCACCCAUCAUCUCCCAGGCUAGAAAGAGCAAGAUUCCAAGGCCAGUAUCCUGGGUCAGCACAGAUCAAAUUAAUGGCUCCGCUUCACCUCAGUUCUUGCCUCGGCCACCACCAGGAAAGCCACCAGUCAGGCCUGGAGUAGAAGCCAGGCUACGCAGAUAUAAAGUUCUAGGGAGUAGUAACUCUGACUCAGACCUUUUCUCUCGCCUGGCCCAAAUUCUUCAAAAUGGAUCUCAGAAAUCCCGGAGUACUACCCAAUGCAAGAGCCCAGGAUCUCCUCACAAUCCAAAAACACCACCCAAGAGUCCAGUUGUACCUCGAAGGAGUCCCAGUGCCUCUCCUCGAAGCUCAUCCUUGCCUCGAACAUCUAGUUCCUCACCAUCUAGGGCUGGACGGCCCCACCAUGACCAGAGGAGUUCUUCCCCACAUCUGGGGAGAAGCAAGUCACCCCCUAGCCACUCAGGAUCAUCGUCCUCCAGGAGGUCCUGCCAACAGGAGCAUUGCAAACCCAGCAAGAAUGGCCCAAAAGGAUCUGGCAGCCUCCACCACCACUCAACCAGCUCUAAAACUCCCCCAGGGAAGAGUAAGCCAGCCAGUAAACUCAGCAGAUAGGAAGUGAGCAGGCUACAUCUCUGGGAAAGGCGUGAGAUCUUCUUCCUCCUAGACCUGAUGCAUGUGUGUCCCUGUACUGUCUGUUUCAAACAAUCAGUGUUGAUCUUCUCUUGCAAAAGAAAGUAACAUGAUCAGUUCUUUAUAAGAAGACCUAAGUAUAACUAGCUAGGGCAGGUAGAAGCACAUCAGGAGUCCGUGCCUCUGCACAGGAAGCGUCAGUCCAGCAGUGUCCGAGGGGAAGAAACUCAGGCCUGAGCUCUUGUUUAUAGCUGCCUUUGAAACAGAAAAUUGAGGAUAGGAAAUAGAAUGGGAUUUUAGGUGAUUUUGCCUAAUUUGUUAAUCUUCUACUCAAAAAGUAUAUAGCAAAAUUGUUUGAUAUUUUUAUUUAAAACUUCCUAACCUUGGAGAGUCAUUGCGCAGACAUUCAAAUAUAAGAAGCUUGUUGCCAGGAAACCAUUACCUGGGUAUAUUUGGUUUGUGUGUUUAUUUAGUGAAUCUACACCUUUCUUUCCACUCAUUCCUAGUAUCUUCCCUGAAUUUUACAUUUUUUAAAAUUAAUGUUUUUACCUCUUAUUUUUAACAAUACACCCUAAUGUGUGUUUUCAUCAGCAUAGGAUAAUCCAAUUACCUUUAUUUAGUCAAACCUUGCUAUUUUCGUUUGAGCAACAGUUCUUAUUCUUAACUCCUAUAUUUUUAUCUCAAAAAUGAAAGAAAUGUCUAUCUAGAGCUAUUUUGGGCAAAAGUAUCUGGAGAGGGACAGAGUGGGACAAUGGCUUUCAAAGGUACAAGCACCUUUCCCCUGACUGCACUUCCUCCUCUCAGGAGCCUGCGGAGGAGACAGCUUCCCUGGGUUCUUUCUAGUGUCAGCCUUCAGGGUGAUCUAGGAAAGAAUAACACUUCGGAAUGUGGCUUAUACUUUUAGAGAUUUAGAAAGAAAAUAUGUUACUAAGGCUUACAAUCAGAUUUUGUAUUUUAUACAUUUAGCCAAUAAGGAAUGAAUAUCUGGGAAAUAAAUUUAGACUAAAUAGUUUUCUUUCAAUGUUUUUAUUACCUGGUUCUUGUGUUGUUUAAUGCUUGGGCUUCUUAGCCUGACUUCCACAUUUAUAAGAAGACGUAAGUAUAACUAGCUAGGGCAGGUAGGAAGCACAUGAGGAGUCCGUGCCUCUGCACAGGAAGCGUCAGUCCAGCACAGUCCAAGGGGAAGAAACUCAGGCCUGAAUUCUUGUUUAUAGCUGCUGUUGACAUCUAAAUUUCAGUUUAUAAAGCUGUAAGGAUGAUCAUAUUCGUUCUAAUCUUACUCUCUUACUAGCAGAAAUCAGGCAAAUUAAAGACACCAGACUUUUUAAGUGGACUAUUUGAUGCUCUGUGGGUGUAUAAAAAUCUUAUUGAGGUCAGGGAAAUUGAUCUGCCUGCUGUUGAAAUCUGCCUUCUAACAAACAUCUACUUUUUGACUUUGUAUUGCUGCCAAACCUGUAACUGUUGAAUUUCAGGAGUGGGGUGGAAAAGGAAACGUGUUUCUUCACUAAGUGAGCAUGUUCCAGGGGUGCAUCCCAGCUGCCCAGGCACUAAACUAACUUAGCUUGUUCUGUGUUGAGCGUUUUCAAACUUGGGACACUACACUGAGACAUAAGGUCUCCCAUGAGAAAUGGGGCAUAGUGUGGAAUCUUAAUUUCUGUCCAGGUUCAGGCACUUGAGAGCAGUGCAGUAGGUAAGGCGCAUUUGUUGUUUAUCUAUUACAGCUGUAAUACUGGAGACUGAUCCUUAUGUAUUAUAUUGUAUAACAGUUACUGCAGUACUGCUUGCAUGUCUUUCAUGGUAAAUUAUAUAAAUAUUUAUAAAUAUAGAAGAGACAUAUGCUUAUAUAAAUCCAUUUUUUUCUCAUUCUGCAUUUGUAAUUUCAAGAUUAUAGAUGAUAAAAUUCCUUUUCUAUUGUGUGCUUCAUGUACACUUGGGCAUUGCCUGUCUUCAUUUUCUGAACACAUGUUCUUGGCAUGUGGUCCCUAAGAGUAGUCCUGCCUUCCGGGUGCACACUGAAGCAGCUGGCACUUGUUACCAAGCCAAGGUGUAAGGUACUUAAUUUUCACUUAAAAAGUAUUUUAAUAGGGGAAAAUUUUAACAAGAUAUGCUUGUAAUACAGGCUCAAAGAUUACUCAUGUUAGCCACAUAGUUCUGUCCAUAUGGUUAGAGUGGAUAGAUGGGCAUUAUAAUUAUGCAGCUGACAUCAACUGUUUUUUAAAACAUUUCCUGAAAGUUGCCUCUUCCAUGUCACUUUUUUGAAGGGAAGUGGGGAUGGGAUGUAGGGUAACUAAAAUUCUUUCUGUUACAUUAGCUAAAUGAUGCUAAAAGUAGCCGGCUUUCUUGCUGUCCUCUCUAGUCAAACAUGUGCUAAUAGUAACUGGGAAAGCUAACAGGGCCCAGCCUUUUUCUUUGUGAAUUUCUCUGCUGGCAGUCAUGCUGACAGAGAUGCUUUCUGUCUGUCUUUCAGUGUGUUGCCUCCUUUUCUGCAUGCCGUUCACAAACUCAUCAAAAUCCAGAGACAAAACGCCUCAUUAUGUGAGAAUGUUUUAUUUUGUAUGUAGGGAAAAGAACCAACCAAAGAUGUUUCUGCUCUGAAGAAAAGGAAAUGGACUAAUUAAUUAUAUCGUAUGUAUCAGUAGUUACAUUUAUUAUUAAGUGCUGUCCUGAUACAGAGAUGAAAAAGUAGAACCUGGUGUGAUGGCACACACUUUGAUCCUAGCACUCUGGAGGAAGGGGCAAGUGGAUUUCUGAGUUUGAGGCCAGCCUGGUCUACAGAGUGAGUUCCAGCACAGCUAGGGCCACACAGAGAAACCCUGUCUUAAAAAAACAAACAAAAGAUUAAAAAACAUAGUUUGUGCUUUUACAUGUUACAUUUCUUUCAGGUUAAAAAUAAAAAUUGGCAGUCUUAAGCCAGCUCUUCACUCAGGAGUAUGAUCUAGAGAAUCAAGCUUUCGGUUUGGUUUGGGUUUUCAGUUCUUUGAGGUUUUUAUUGAUGGCAUAUUUCAUAUUUCAGUCACAAAUCAUCCAAAUAAGGUAAAGAACAUGACUGUAGCCAUAAUAGAAGUAGGGUGUGACAGAAAUUAUCUUUUGGGAGACAAGUACCUCCUGGCUUCUAUCUACACAGGUUACUAACUCAGGCCUGUCCUGUGCUUAUUUCAGUGGAGCAAAGAAUGAACACUUAGUUCCUAAUUUUAGGUAAUGUUGCCCCCAAAUUAUACUACUGACCCGUAGGCUUUGUGAAUUGCUUGAAAUAUUAAAAUCAUACCUCGUAAUCUUGCACAUCCUAAAGAUAUCUUGACUUUAAUGGAUAGUGAAAACAGGAGGGAAUUGUAUCCUAUCUGAUUCAGCAUUAAGAUAGAGAUCUUAAAACAUCUAGGCAAGCUGGGCGUGGUGGCGCACGCCUUUAAUCCCAGCACUCUAGAGGCAGAGGCAGGUGGAUUUCUGAGUUAGAGGCCAGCCUGGUCUACAAAGUGAGUUCCAGGACAGCCAGGGUUAUACAGAGAAACCCUGGCUACAAAAACAAAAACACAAACAAACAAAACACCAAAAAACAAAAAAAAUCUAGGCUCUUCUCUCCAGCUCUGCACACAGGCUGGCCUUGCAAACAGGAGCACAGCCACUUUUAGUUCUUUAGUUGCAUGCUUUGCAAUGAAUAUCUUUGGUAAAAGUUGCAACAAGUUAAUCAAGGCCUAAAAAAAAAAGUAACAAACGGUCAAAGAGUCCUUGACGUCAUUAUCCACUGCACAUUAUUUGCUCCAGCCCACUGAAGCACUGUAUGCUGAUGCGGUGUUUCAUUUUACUCCUGGACACUGCGGGAACUUGAGGGGCUGCAGCAAGUACCAGACUCCCUCUCAGUCACAGAGUCUUAGGCUUCUGUUUCUGUGAUUGCAUCCAUUGUACAAAAGCAAAGGUGUACAUUGCUGCAUGUUUUAUAAACCUAGACUGCAUAGCUAGCUAAGUAAUGAGAUUUUCUACACCCAAUAAUAACCUUGACAAACAGGUGCCUUUUCCUCAAGGGCAGAAAAUUUUACAUUUCUAAUCUAACAUUAGGAAUUGGUGAUAGGAGAAACAGGAUCCACAAUUUAGUGGCUUUAGGAAAAAGAUGCAUCUUGAAAAUGUUAUCUUAAAAUAUACUUAUAGAUAAUCUAGAUUUAGCCUUGGAGAUCAAAUUUUCUCAUAUUUUAAAACUUGUUAGCUAGGUGUGAUGGCUAAUGUUUCUAACCAAUACUUGAGGGACUGAGGUGGAAAGAUGGAAGAGAGUCUGAAGCCAACCUCUGCUUCAUAGUGAUUGCAAGUCCACCUGGGCUGUAGUGUGGGAUCCUCUCCCAAAAAACAAAAACAAAAACAUUAUUUUUUUAAUUAUUUUUUUAAGUUUUCAUACAUGUAUGUAUAUAUUAUAUGUUGAGUACACAGCUCUCAUUUGUGUAUAAUUACUUCUGUCAUGUUCAUGGUUUGCAUUCACUGUUUUACAUUGUGCCUAUUUAUGGCUUUGGAAUGUUGUUUCUGGGGGGAGGUCAUCUAGCACCUCUGUCACUGACGUAAUAGGACAUUUGUAACCAACACCUCUGUCACUGAGGUAAUAGGACAUUUGUAACCAACUGUACUGCUUAAAUUUCUUGAAUUUGGUUCUAUAGACAACAUAUUUGCAGAAUAGCUUUUUAUGUUUUAAUCCAAAUGCAUUAUAAGAUUACAGCAUGUGACGACUCUGAUGGUCCUUACAUGCCAACAACACUUAGAGUCCCAACUCAGAAGCCACAGUGAUGCAUAUUAGACCUUAACUCAUAGAAGAAAACUAGAGGCAGUUCCACAACCCAGUCAGUGGGAGGUGUCUGGUAAACAUGCCCCACUUCCUAUCCUCACCAAAACUUUACAAAACUCGAGUGUGCACUCUGAGAAUGUGUAAGUAAAGUAGAAAGUCCUCAUAUUAUUGGGUAUUUGCCUUAUUUUGGCCAUUUCUCCAGAAAUUUUACACAAUCUUGGAGCCUUAAGGAUCUUGUUAUGCAGCAUUGCUUUCCAUAACUGCAGGAAGUGGGAAAUUCCUAGGUAACUCCCAAGUAUGGAACAAAAAGAACCCCUAUUCACUUAGAGGAAAAUAUGGGUAAAAUAUAUAUGUUUUCAGGUAAGUUCUUCCUCUUGGGAGAGGAUUUGCAUCAGAAAAUUAGUGACAAAUUCAUCUCUUGGUUUCACAAUAUCUCAAGAUGCUAAAUAGCAAAGAUUUACUGAGUCAUGAUUUCAGUAUUUGCUCCUAUAUAAGUACUAAUAAACAUGACAGCUAAGGCAAGUUCAAGGUGAUGAGAUGAUUUCCUAUACUGGGCUCAAUCCUUGGUUUUAAGGAGCCCUUAACAAAAGUCCUUUCAUUGCCCUUAAAAUGUAACAAGUUUCUGCCUUCUCUAAUUGGAGGUGAUAGUAUCUACACUGUAGGCUCAAGGUGAUGCUGACCACAUCUCCUGGUACCUUCAACUAGAAUUUCUAGACCAACAACAGUAUGAAUGACGCAGAUCUCUGAGACUAAUAGAAUUACAGAAUUUGCUAAUAACGUUAUUUUACAUUAACAGUGGGAUUUAUCUCUUGAUAAUUUAAAAUUAUUUUGUACUGUAUACAUGAUUAUUCACCUAAACCAAGUUUUUAUGUAGACUAUUCUUGCCAUAUGAUACUUUUUAAAACUCCCAUAAAACAUAAUUGAAAACAUCAAAAAUUCACUUGUAUCAAAGUUGGAAUGUGCCAGGUGUUUUUUGCUCACUUACAGUAGUAAACAAGGCUAUACAGAGUUUGGGCUGUGAUUUAUUAUUUUAGGGAGUUUGCUGAGAAGAAACCUUAAGACUUUAUUCAAAACAGUUUGGUUUGGUUUGAUUUUUUGAGAUGGGGGUUUUUUCAGUGUAGCCCUGAGCUGGAACUUGCUCUGUAGAUUAGGCUGGCCUUAAACUCCAGACCUACCUACCUCUGCCUCCAGAGUGCUGAGAUAAAAAGGUGUGAGCCACCAUGCCUGGCUAAAAACAGUUUUAUUAAACUAUAAAUCAAUGAAAUUAGUUCUCUAAGAUAAUUAAGAAAUUAAAAUAUAGGAAAUAGAUCUUCUUUUUAAGACAAAGGAAAUGUAGCACUGGGCCACUCAGGACUUUGAAAUUGGAUUGGAUUUCCUAGAUUUUGGUGGUAUAUGCCUAUAAUCUCAACAUUGAAGAGGUAAGGGCAGGAACAGGAGUUGAAGGUCAUACAUAAUGAGCUGAAUAAUGAGUUCGAAGCUAACUUAGGCUCUAUGAGACCCUGUCUCAAAAUAGGGGGGAGGGGAAAGGCAGAAACAAAAUCUUAGGUAAGAGAGAUUGGAUUGUUGGAUUGGAUGAGUAGACAGAUCUGAUGGCCUGGGCUCGAGCCACUUUGCUGUUCCCUGAUGCACAGUUCUCAUUCUCCUUUGACACCUUUCCUAAAUGGCAUCUAUUUAAUCAGAUCAUUUAUUUACAGAUUCCAAGUUUUUCAGAAAAGGAGGCACAUCUCAUUUUGUAUUAGAUAUAAUGAGUUCAUAAAUUAUUACUGGCAAAUGUUAUCAAACUUAGUCAUAACCCGAAUUCUCUUACUGAACAAGAGAAAUAAGUCAAUGUUCUGCUGUCCUCCUCUUAAUGAGAUGCGAAAUUGCUCUUUGAAGUUCUUUUCAAUGUGUUACAUUGUAUCCUUUCUCCUUCAAGCAUCUUCCCUUUAUGUGUUUUUGCUCAGGCAACCAUGGGCAUAGAGUAUUGAAAAACAUGCAGUGCUUUUGUAUAGGCCAUCUGUACAUAAAAGUGUAAUUAUUUAUUUAAUUUUCUCAUUUGUACCAUAUUAAAGCUUUGUACAGUGUUUUAAGUUCUGUUUUAAAAUUAUUUUGUAUUUUAUUUUUAUAAUCUAGUAAUAAAACAUUCAGUCCGCAUGCAAA